AAGGCGAAGCCUAGACGGCUACGCCUACAAUCAUAGAACUAGAGUUAUAAUAACAUAACUAUCGUUUUUUUCACAGAGACGAAGGAUGGACACAAAACAUUAGCCACCAAGGUUUAUUUUAAAGACAAGGACAGGCUUUCCUUAUUAUUUAACACCAGCUACCAUCCCCGGCAUACUUUCAGCUCCAUCAUCAAGUCACAACUAAUCCGUUUCCACCGCAUCUGCUCUCUACCCCACCACGUAGAGGAAGGCCAGCAGGACCCUUUUCAAGGCCCUUAGACCUUGCGGCUAUUCCAAACGUUUUCUUCGGACUAUUAAAGGGGAAGUGACCGCCCUCUUCCAGCCAGGCCGGCCCGUUCUCCAUGGAAAAAAGAACACGGAACAUAGGUUAAUUCCAUUCAUUACAACAUUCUAGCGACAACUAGGCCCCCUCAAGCAAGCUAUAAAACAACAUUUUAAUUCCGCCAAACCUCAAACCGCCCCACUCGCUUCUUUUAAAAAUGUAAUGUCAUACCGCCGUAAUAAAAAUCUGCAGGACAUGCUAGUCCAUACGGCACACAACAAAGCAAUACGCACAACCUUCGACCCCUAUUUUACCAACCUGAAAUACAUCUUCAACUGUCGAGCCGGUGUCCCCAUCUCGCAGACCUUCACACUACUCUCCUGCAAUGUCGUCUACGCCAUCCAGUGCAAAUUAUGCAGGAGCAUCUAUGUGGGCGAAACGGGAGCUACUAUCAAACCAAGGUUAUAACAACACAUUUACCAUAUUCAGAAAGGAACAAACGAUAAACGGCUGUAUACUCACUUCAUUUCACAUCAUAUCAACAACUUUUCAUUGUCCGGUCUAGAGACCAAUGUCGGUUGGUCCCUGGUCCAGAGGAGAGCUGCUGUAAGAAGGUGGAUCUUUAAGCUUUCCUCCAUAGCCCCGUUUGGCCUAAAUGAUGAUCGGUCUCGCCCCUCCAUCCGUCCCGGUCCUCAUCAUAACUUCCCCAGCAUCCUUUCUCCUAAAACAUAGCCACUCAAUCAGUUCCUUACCAUAACCUCUUCCCUCCCCCCCCUCCUAAACAUAACCUUUCUCACAUAUUUUAUUUCUUUUAUUGAUUUUAUUUCAUUUCAUUUAUUUUAUUUUAUGGAAGCAAACGUAUUUAAAUCUCUUGUGCCCGUAAUCCUAACCCUAACCCUAACCCAGGGUUGGUAGACGCUGGGAAUACCAGGAACUCUCCGCCAUGGUUCCGGAUGAAGCGUCUUGCCGCUCACUGGUCGACCACCUCGAAAACAGAGGAUUCUUUGUUGUCGGUGAACCGUUGGAGGACGCGCAUGGUGCAGAGCCCAGCUCUCAGGAGACGGGGCACAGGCCUGAGCACAAGCGUCUGCUGGAGAUGGCAGAGGGUCGGACAGAGGAAGCUUGCCAUGGGCUCCUAACGGGCGAGCGGUUGCCGCAACAUGAGAUGACGCUGUACCGGUACUUUUGCAUGGCCACCCUGACGAUCACGCACCGUGUACCGGAAGAGACGGUGGUGGACUUCAAAGUCACUGAGUGGAAUGACAGGCAGGUGAGCGCCGGUGUCGGGGCGACGAUCUACUUCCGAGACGGUGCGGACAGAGCUGUUUUCAGCGUAGACGAGGAGAGGUGGUUAGGUGCCUACUUCACGGCCAUCAGGCCGCUCUACCUGACGCGGAAAGGGGAAGCAGCGGAUGACCAGGGCUGCUUCUUCCUGGGGACCACAGGACUUCCCGUGGCCAAUCCCAGGUCCGACUUGUGCCGUCUCUGGAGGCACUGUCGGAAGAUCUGCGAGGGAGCGGGCCCGAAUCCGCCGCCCGUUACGGCCGAGGCCACGGGGACGUCUUCCCGGGACAAAAGUUCUGUGUCGGGGAAAGGGUCACGUGACGACCAAUGGGACGCUUUCUUCAGUGAAUUCCCCCUAACAAUAGGUGCCCUCGCGCCCUCCAAAGAUAAGAGGACUUGUCGGUGCCGGGUUUGGUGAUGAACAGACGCCCUAUUUCAAUUGGAGGCGCAUCCAGCUGGAAAAGCGUGUGCUACAUGUCUCCGCUUCCGCUGGCAGGCAGCGACCGACCGAGGCCAAAGUGGCAGCCAUUGUGGCCAAGGAGGAGUGGAAAACGAAUGUCCCCUCUCUCCCGGAUGUGCUCCAGGCGUGGGUCUCCCCUUUAAAGGCAGCCAUUGAGGACGACAAAGGUGUCCUCAAGUCAGUGGUGGAGCAAAGGUGGAAGGGGAUCGAUUUUAAGGAUUUCAGAGAACACAAGGGUAGAGGCGUCAUUGCCACCAUGCCGUUCUCCAAAGGUGAAGUGAUCUGCGACUGUCACGGAAAGCUCAUCUCUGAAUCGGAGGGGAAGAAGAUGAUGGAUGAAAUGCAGGAGGGAGUGAUGUGCUACCUCUUCUUCGUCAGGGGCAGGCUAGGCACCAAGCUGUGCAUCGAUUCCCAGAACUUCCCCUGCGAGUGCCGCCCUGGAUAGGACACCUUUGGAAGGCGCAUGAACGACUCGGGCAAGGCGUCCAAUGUGAAGCCUGUGUUGUUCCAGUUGAACUUCGCAGACGGACCCCAAGACACUGUCCUGUUCUUGGCCCAGAGAAACAUAGCCGGCAACGAAGAGCUGCGUUGGGACUAUGGUGUGAGACGGAUGUCCUUCAGAGAUGAGGGCAUGGACCUGGCAUGGCUGGAUGACUGAAAUGAUUUGCGUUGGUUCAUUGUGUUCCCUCAUUUGUUGUUGCCGGUUGUUGCUGUUCUUGUUGUUGUUUAGUGUCAUGUUUUGAAUAAA